UUUCAAAUAAUCAUGUCGUGAAUAUCCAGGACUUUCCGGAGCGCAGCUGUGGGUUUCCUUGAAUGCAAUGAUGUUGCUUUCUCAUUCCCACUCAGAACAGGUCGACAGAACAGCAGAGGCAUUUACAGUGAGGAUUUUCAAACAAUAUCAAACGUAUACGAUGAAACGUACUAGAAGAACCAGGAAAAAACCUGUGAAAAAAGGAGGUAUAAACACAAACGAGGAAGAGCUAAUAAGCGUGAGACCGACGGUUAUACGGUGGAAUAGAAGAGGACAGACGACAGUGAUAUCUGAAAAUGUACAAGUGUAUGAUCUGACCGACGAUCUCAGCGAGGAGGAAAAUAUUCUAGAGGUGCCAUCUCCGCCAUCUCGAACUGAAUCAAUAAUGAAUAACAAAUCUAUAAGCAAUUUUGGAACCCAGGAAGAUGAAAACAAACUAUAUCCCACAAACACAUGCCCGGUUUGUUUCUCUGCACUUAAAGCCGCAUGUAUAAAGGGUACUACUGGACUGCUUCAGUGCACUCGAUGCCCGAGCACUCAGCUCCUGUGCGGCUCCUGCCUUUACCCCACGACCUCAGCCGCCUGCACCAACAAGCUGUGCCCCCUCGUCUCCACACUGCUAACCUGCGACUUGGUAUCAGAUUCAAAGAGCAAAGUGUACGGUUGUCCAACGUUCAGAGCCUGUCCCAAAUGUCACAAUCUGAUUAUGCAUGAAAAAGGAUGCAAGUUUGUAACAUGCAGAUCAUGCCUUCACCGGUUUUGUUUCAUCUGCUUGCAAGGUGAUUGUAGCAAAGAUAAAGAAAAGUACUGGAAUCUUUUUUGCAAAAAUCCAAGAGCAAAAAGACAGAGAUUUAUGUCACCACAAUCCUAAACAGAGAUCCUUCACACUGGAUAAUAUUGUCUAAGAUCCAAAUGAUUAAAAGAUUUGUUAAUAUAGAAUAUAGAUGCUAUAUAGAAGCAAACAGUAACAAAAUUCAUUUCACAAACUAAUUUAAUCUGCAAAACAAAAAUAACAUUGCAUUGAGCCCAUUUUUCCUCUGUGCUUUGAAUCUAUGCUGUGCCAUAUACCUAAGAUGAACUUUAGUUAGCAGGUCUUCUAUAUUACUUGCCUUUUUCCCCUUGCAGUUGUAGUGUUUUUCUUUAUUUCAUUUAUUAUGUUUGUGUGGUUUGAGGGGUCUUCACAAGUUAGAAAUGGAGAGAAUGUCUCCAUUUUAAAGAUUUUGAUGGUUGGUAUAACACUUGUUGAUUUGUGAAGAUCAAGUACAAAAGGGUUCAAGUUCAGAUUAAUCCUGAGCACCAUAACACAGAUGGCUAAAGGCUGGAAGACACUACAUGACUUUUAAAAUUUGAACAGAUUUUAAAAUGCUAGGCAUCAUACAUUUUUCCAACUUUGUAAAUAGUCUAAUGAACUACAUGUUUCUACAUGAAGUCUUGUAAGAUAUUCCAGACCUUAGAAAUAUUAUAUAAAAUUUGCUAUUUUUUUUCCAUCA